UCCUCGUCAGAUUCCACUGCUUCUUCCACUUCACAAAUAUCCUCCUCAAAUAACUUUUUCCUUUUUUUCUCUGUUAUUUUUCGACAUAUGUUAAUACUUUCUUCAGCUUGCACGCAAAGUAUUGUGCAUGGAAAUUUUGCUGAAGCCUGCUUUCCCUGCAGCUCACUGACAGAGUAACUGAUAGAGGAGCAGCUCCGCCGGAGCCAGGAGCUUUCUAUAUGGAAGCGGCCGACGAGGAGAACGCUUUGCUGCUUCAUCUCCAACCUACUCCGCAGGCUGUAGCCUCGGAGUACGCAAGUGAUGGAUCAGUUGACAUCAACAAACAACCUGCUCUCAAGCACAGUACGGGGAACUGGAGGGCAUGCUAUACCAUCUUAGGUGUUGGAUUCAGUGAGUGCAUGGUGUUCUCUGCAAUCGCGACGAAUUUGGUGACCUUACUCACCACUGUGCUCCACGAGAGCAAGGUGGAUGCAGCCAGAAAUAUCUCCUCCUGGGCCGGAGUGUGCUACCUCACACCACUUCUUGGGGCUUUCGUCGCUGACAGUUACUUGGGAAGAUACUGGACCAUGGUCGUAUUCCUCCCAGUCUACAUCGUGGCAAUGCUCGUCCUGAUAGCUUCAGCAUCACUACCAACGUUGUUCCACAGCGAUGUUCACCCUGCAGUGGUUUACCUUGGUCUCUACCUUGCCGCCAUUGCCAGCGGCGGUGUGAAGCCCUGCAUCUCUGCCUUCGGGGCUGACCAAUUUGACGUCAAUGACCCGGUGGAGCUGGUGAAGAAGGGCUCCUUCUUCAACUGGUACUUCUUCCUGACCACCACCAGCUCCCUGCUGUCUGGGACCGUCAUUGUUUGGCUGCAGGACAACGUUGGGUGGGCAGUCAGCUACGUGAUACCGACAGUGCUCAUGCUCAUCUGUUUCCCUGCAUUUUUAGCUGGCUCCAGGGUAUACAGGUUUAGGAAAAUGGGAGUAAGCCCUCUUACCAGCAUACUUCAAGUGGUUGUUGCUGCUGUCAGGAAGUGGCAUGUCAAACUGCCGGAUGAUAGCUCGCUUCUAUAUGAGCAGGCCAGUUCACCUUCUACAACUGAACAUAAGAACAAGCAUACCAAUCAGUUCAGGUUCUUUGACAAGGCUGCCAUUGUCCCAUCGGGCAACGAAUCCACGGCGCAGUCGAGUCCAUGGAGGCUCUGCACAGUGACACAGGUCGAGGAGCUAAAGAUGCUGCUCUCGACGCUCCCAACCUGGGCGUCGUUCUUGGUCUUCUACGCAGUCACGGCUCAGAUGCAGUCGACGAUGAUCGAGCAAGGCAUGCUCAUGGAUAACCACGUUGGCUCGUUUGCCAUCCCACCGGCAUCCAUGCCCAUCAUUGGUGUGCUCAGCUUCCUCAUCUGUGUCGCCGUCUAUGAAACCAUCCUGGUGCCACUAGCGCGGCGCUUCACCGGGAACGAGAAAGGCUUCUCCCAGUGGCAGCGCCUUGGAAUCGGCCAAGCUCUGUCCAUCCUGACAAUGGCGCUCGCUGCUUUGCUGGAGACAAGGAGGCUGGAGAUCGCGGAAGCCAACGGCCAGGAGGUGCCGGUGCCAAUGAGCAUCCUGUGGCAGGGCCCAGUUUUCUUUGUGCAUGGUGCGGCCGAGAUGUUUGGUUCCAUUGGCAUGACCGAGUUCUUCUAUGACCAAGCCCCGGUGACCAUGAAGAGCCUGUGCGCAGCGUUCGGGCAGCUCGCGAUCGCUUCCGGGUCUUACCUCAACACAGCCGUGCUCAGCGUCGUCGCAUUCGGCACAACACGCGGCGGCGAAACCGGAUGGAUUCCAGACAACCUCAACGAAGGCCAUCUCGACUAUUUCUUCUGGAUGAUGGCAGCUCUUAGCUUGCUCAACUUAGCUCUGUUUGUGCGUUACUCAAUGAGGCAAAGAGGCAAGGAAACUUAAGAUAAGAGGCACUGAGCAAGACAUUGGUUUAUUAUAAUUCAGGAAAAUAUGAACAAGGCAGACCAUGGAAGAAGCUAUAUAUAUGGACAAAUUACUCAUAAAUAGUAGCAUUGUACAGUGGGGCGCUGGGAACCAAUACUGGAGAAGUGGCCAAGGCACCCAGGCCCAAGAGACUCCUCAAGCCCAAUACCAAUUACCAAAGUUUACCAGAGUAACUAUAUAUGAUGAGAGGAGUGUGGAGAGAGAACAUAUGAAAAUUUGUAUCCAAAACUCGAACCAAUAUUCAGCACUGUCCUCUGCCGAAUCUCUCUUUUUUUCUCUCUCUAUCCCCCCUUUCUUCUUCCGUGUUCUUUCCUCUGUUAUUUGCUAACAAUUGGUAUCGUCUUCCUCGAU